GGAUGAGUAUCGUCAUCAUCUUAAUCUGCGAUGAAGCCGAGUUGAGUCGAGUCGAGUCAUUGCCCUGUGCUUUACUCUACUCUGGCGCCAAAAGCUUUAGCGAAGGAGAGAGAAGAGCAAGGACAUGGCUUUAGAAACCCAAUUGCACUUUCUUAAUCACACUGAAGCUUUAUCGUUCUCCUCCCUAUGCACGCUCUCCACGCGCCGUCUCCGCUCGAACCCAACUCAACUAUCCUUCUCCACCAAGAAACUCCCUCGCCUUCAAGUCUUAGCCUUUUCUGUUAAGAGAAGCCCUAAGCGUCUCAAGUAUGCCACUCCUCGCUUUACCAAGGAGGAUGAAUUGUUGUAUGUUGAAGUUGAUCCAUCAGGAGCUGAUAGCUGGAAACUAGAACCAGUCGUUGAUCUUUUAAAAGGGGGUGCUGUUGGGGUCAUUCCUACUGACACUGUGUAUGCCUUUGUUUGUGAUUUGAGAAACCCCUCUGCUAUUGAGCGACUUCGAAGAAUCAAGAACAUAGAACCUCUGAAGCCCCUUAGCAUUUUAUGCCACUCCUUUCGAGACGUAGAUACAUACACAACAGGAUUCCCUCGAGGUGAUGGCCAAGGCCACGCAAGCAUAUUCCGAGCUGUUAAGCAUUGCUUACCUGGACCUUACACCUUUAUCCUAACGGCCAGCAAAGGUUUGCCUAAACAGUGCAUAAGGUUUGGGACUACAACUGCAAAAUAUGCUUCAAGGAAAAAUGUAGGUGUUCGUAUACCUGAUGAUGCAAUAUGUCAAGCAAUACUAGAGAAGAUGGAGGCACCAUUGAUAUCUACAAGUGUGAAGAGCUUGAAGGAGAAUGAGUGGAUGCUAGAUCCAGUUGCUAUAGCUGAUACCUACAGACCAGAGGGCCUGGAUUUCGUCAUUGAUGCUGGGUUGAGAGUGGCUGAUCCCUCAACUGUAGUUGACAUGACAGUGAUCCCUCCCAAACUCAUUCGGCAAGGAAAGGGACCCAAACUAUCGUGGAUGGCCACAGAAGAUUACGAUGAAUCAGAUGAAUAAAAACAAUAGAUCACCUUUUCAAUCUCUGCUCUGCGUGUUUGAAGUUAAAAACAUUCAUAUUGAUGAACCCCGUGUAAAAAUUCAUCACAUGUACAGGGGAAAAGAAAAAAAAAAGAGACAAGUGUAAAUUGUAAAUACACGGUUGGUCAAUAUAUUGUAACGGUCGAAAACCUUGUAGUUUAACCCCAGAAGACAAAAGGGUUUUAGUGCACAUGUGAUGUUUCCAUUCAAGAAAUAUGAUUUCUUCUCAAUGCUAAAGAAUUGUCUUUGCAGCUUGCAAUUAA